AACAGUGGGCUAUCUAAGGCAACACUACCUUAAUAAAAUCAAUAAAAAAAAGAUUUAAAUUUUUUGAAUAGGGCAUUCUACUCUGUUUGUAAUGAUACUUAUAACAGUUUUUUUUUUAUGUAAAUAAGCCAUAAAACAAAUCACUCGGAAAAAUAAACUCAUUUUCUUGCUUUAUAAUUAAAUAAAAAAUUUAACUUUUUUUUAUACCCGCGGCAAUUUAUGACGUCAUUCUGAUAUGUACACAAAACAGAUGCAUGGAGUAGAAGAUUGAAAGAUGUUCAUAAAACUAGAGCAAUGCCAUCUUACGAUCAAUUAGAAAUAAAAAGAUAUAAAUAAACUAAGAACAGCGCCAUCUAAGUAUUUCAUUUAUAAUUAAUAGACAUUAUCAUUAUGACCAAUGAAAUAAAAUCACGAAUUUUAAUUUUAAGAUAAUCGUGCGAAUUUAAGACUCAAAAUCGGAAUCUCUAUGAUUAUUACGAUGUACCCUAUUAUGUUACGUUUUAAUAGCGUCACACAUUUUUCAGCGGUGAAGAGAAAACCGGUGACAUUGAACCUGAAGAGCGUACUGUACAUUGUCAAGAGUUCUACCGGUCAUUGUAUCCGUCGCAUAAGCAGUCUAGGAUGCACUAUGGCUACGAUAGAUUCACGGUGCCUGAUAAUCAUGGCGCUGCGCCGGCUGCCCACGCGCUCCUGAACUGGUACUACAUGCAGAACUGCUUAGAUGAUGGUGGUGCACCGGAAAUAGAAACUUUAGUGGUACAGAAAUGUGCUGAAGAGUUGCUGUACAGAGAUACUCCUCUCAGUGUAGCGUGCAUGUUGCGCUCCACCCAGGACUAUAGUAAAGCGAAGAGAACUAUAGACACACACAACACGGACACCGCCGUCAGCGCCACGCUGUACGCCACCCUGAUGAAGUGCAACGCGCCUGAACUCAGGGAUAACGUAUACCUCACCGAACCUGUUGUUAUGGCCAGAACGACGCUGAAACAAAAGAAUGCAUCCGAGGAGCAACUGGUGUUGAUACGCGAGUGUAUCGAGCGUUUGAGUGGAAUGAGUGAGGUGGAUCAAUUACGGGAACUCGGACUUACUGUCAACACGCUACUGUUCAACGCCGACAGUGAUUACCGUACUGAGAUCAUUUUCCGAGCUGCGAGGUAUGUUUGUUUAAUUUAAGGAAAAGGGAUCUAGCUCAUACAUCUAAAUUUUAUCAGGUUUUUUUUCGAUAAAACGUUGGUGUGCAACAAACUUGUCAUUUCCUUCGAAGUAAUAUGCUAGGCACGUUUUCUGUUUCUUAUUACCGUGCAAAACAUUAAAAAAUUAGCUGUUAUACACUUAUAUUUAAAAAAAAAAUGUGUGAUAAAUGACACAGUACACAACAUAAUAAAUUAAAACCAUGAAUAAUUAAAAUGUUAAAAGAAUUGCUAUUAACUGAAAAUAUUAUGUGAAAUAAGCAUCGUCCGUAAUGCGCAGGUCAUCGGAUCCGCAGCAUUUGUCUAUGGCUUGCAAGUUGGCCGCCAAGUAUGGGGUGCCAGUAUUGGAUGUGUGGUUACAACACGCCGCUGAGCAUACGUCACGAGCCUUACCUCCACCUCCUGAGGCCCUUCAACACCCAGACGCACAUUCCCGUAUCAAAGAUACUCUGUGGCCACUUCUGCAAGGCAACGAUCACAACGGGCUAAUCAACUUCUUCACGAUCCUGCGCACUGUGGAUGAAAAACACCAAAUGUUCGGUUUAACCGCUGCUGAACACAUCAAAACUCUUAAAAAAGUGAAAGCUGCCUCUUCAGAGUUAGACUACAAGUUGCUAGUGAGUCAGCCUACGGCGGAUGAAUACCGCGCCCACCUGGUACAUAUAUUACGUCCAGAAACCGUAGCAUUGGUGAGCAAGCUGCUACGGGCGCUGCCUACACCGCUACGGCCGCCGCUACCGCUCGGAGCUGUCUACGCUGCCUGGCUUACUCAUUACUUCUAUAGCGUGCCAUCUAGCGCCGCAACUAACAAAAAAUGGAUGCAGCAGUACCGCCAGUGCGCCAGCUAUUUCAACAAGUUGUCUAAAGACGAUCUUAUGGAGUUUGUCGUCAACACGUGCUUCUCACAACAAGCUAUCGAAAGGAUCCCUGCCGGCACUCGGAGUUUGAUGAUAAUGCAGGCAGUAGAUUACUGUCAGCAAGAGCAAGAAAAUGACUACAAAUUUAACAAAAAUGAACAAACGUGGACACAACUCAGCAAUGAGUUGACGAGAUGGGCGCGAUUUCUGGAUAACUUCCACUCUAGUACCAUACAGACCAUCGUCGAGAAUUGUGCGUUGCCCGACCCGAAAAUAUGGCAUGAUAUGGAGAUGAGUCACGGCGAUAGUGAGCGAGUGGUCAGUUGCGCCGCGCGACUGGUGAUGGCGCACGAGGUGAGGGCGGCGUCGCUCGGCACCUUACUGCAGUGUCUGCACAUAGACGCCGACCACGGAACGGUACUGCAGUACGCACUCGAGCAUCUGAUACACACCUUGCAGGAUAUACAGACGCUCGCUAGUCGCGUGAUAUCGUACAACAAGGAGGGCGUGAAGCUGCCCCCGGAGCUGAUCGAGCGUGUAGCGGAGGUGGGGGCGGGGCUGGGACUGGGCGCCUGGGUGGCGCUGCUCGCGCUGCGGCCCCCGCCCCCGCCCGGCUCGCAAGCCGCGCGCGCCCCCCGCGACCCGCCCCCGCCCCCGCGCGCCGCGCUGCUGCUGCGCGACCACUGGCCACACCUGCACCCCACACUCAACGGUCAGUACACUUGCGUCAUAUGCCACCUCGACCUCACACAUGCGUCAUAUCCCACGACCUCACACGUGCAUCAUAUGCCACCUCGACCUC